AUGAAUUCUUGGAUUGAACUGGUGUCAUUUGAAGACGUUGCUGUGGACUUCACCUGGCAAGAGUGGCAGCACCUGGAUGUUGUUCAGCAAAACCUCUACAGAGAUGUGAUGCUGGAGAACUACAGCAGCCUGAUGUUCUUGGGGAACUGUAUGACCAAACCAGAUUUGAUCUUCAAGUUGGAGCAUGGAUUUGCACCAUGGACUGUAUUAGAAUGCUCAAUUCACAGGCUUCCAGAAUUGAAAACUCUACACAAAAUGCAGUGGCCAGAGACUGAUAAUUUUAAACAAUUCCAGAACACCGUUUACCAGAAGUUACAUCAGACAUGUUAUGAAGGAACAAACACAGGUGACAAGCUGUUUGAAUGUAGGACAACUUUUAUCUCCAAGUCACACCUCACUAAUCAUCAGAGAACUCAAACAGGUAACAAUCCUUAUGACUGUAAUGUAUGUGGAAAAACUUACCUUGCCCAGUCACCUCUCACUGUGCAUCAUCGAGCACACACAGGUGAAAAGUCAUAUGGAUGCACUGAAUAUGGGAAAGCUUUCAUCUCUAUGUCACAUCUCAUCAGUCAUCAGAUAACUCACAUAGGUGAGAAGCCAUAUGAAUGUAUUGAAUGUGGAAAGGGCUUCAUCUGCAAGUCACAUGUCACUAAUCAUCAUAGAACUCACACAGGUAAGAAACCAUAUAAAUGUAUUGAAUGUGGAAAACGCUUCAUCUAUAAUUCAGAUCUUAUUAGGCAUCAGAGAAGUCACACAGGUGAGAAGCCAUAUGAAUGUACUGAAUGUGGGAAAGACUUCAUCCACAAGUCACUUCUUAUUAGGCAUCAGAGAACUAACACAGGUAAGAAGCCAUAUGAAUGUACUCAAUGUGGGAAAGCAUUCUUCUACAAAUCAGGUCUCACUAAUCAUCAGAGAACUCACACAGGUGAGAAGCCAAAUGAAUGUACUGAGUGUCAGAAAGCUUACAUCUCCAAGUCACACCUAAUGAAUCAUUGCAGUACUCAUACAGGUGAAGCACCAUAUAAAUGUACUGAAUGUAGGAAAGCCUUCAUCACCAAUUCACAGCUCACUAUUCAUAAGAGAACCCACACAGUUGAUAAACCAUAUAAAUGUAUUCAAUGUGGAAAAGGCUUCAUCCGCAAGACAGAUCUCACAAGACAUCAGAGAAGUCACACAGGUGAGAAGCCAUAUGAAUGUACUGAAUGUGGGAAAGCCUUCAUCUGCAAGUCAUAUCUUAAUAGGCAUCAGAGAUGUCACACAGGUGAGAAGCCAUAUGAAUGUACUGAAUGUGGGAAAGCCUUCAUCAGCAAGUCACAUCUUAAUAGGCAUCAGAGACGUCACACAGGUGAAAAGUCACAUGAAUGUACUGAGUGCCAGAAAGCUUACCUCUUCAGGUCAGACCUAAUGAGUCAUUGGAGAAUUCAUACAGGUGAGAAGCCAUAUGUAUGUACUGAAUGUGGAAAAGCUUUUAUGUUCAAGUCACCUCUUAUUAAGCAUCAGAGAAUUCACACAGGUGAGAGGCCAUAUGAAUGUACUAAAUGUGGAAAAGCCUUCAUCCGCAAGUCACAUCUUACUAGGCAUCAGAGAAGUCACAGAGAUAAGAAGUCAUAUAAAUGUACUGAAUGUUGGAAAGCUUUCAUCUGCAGGUCACAUCUUAUUAGGCAUCAAAGAACUCACACAGGUGAAAAGUCAUGUGAAUGA